UCCAGCCUGACUCAGAUCUUCUGACGUGUGCAUUAAUCAUUUACACUCAGACAUAAUAAUCACAAGACAUAUUGAAUGGCUGAGUCUUGGCUUGAUUUUGCAGUGACUGGUCCUGUGUGUCUCUCUCUGGUUCAGGUUUUGUCAGCAGGUGCUGCGUCUCGAUGCAGAUGCUCCGGGUGAAAUGAAUACGGCACCUCAGCCUCUGUCAGGACCCCCCUCCAACCCGCUUCCCGCGCCCUCCCCGGGCCUGUCCCAGCCCAGUUUUGCUCCUGCGCCUCCGCGGGUUGUGUUCGGCACUCCUCCGCCGCAGAUGAACCCCACGGCCCAACCCCGACAGUUUGCCUCAGGUGCGAGAGCUUUACCACAACAGCCGUACUAUCCCAGUCGGCCCACUUUACCUGCUAAUUCUGGGCGUGUCCCACCAAGCUCCGCCCCUCGGCCCAUCCCCCCUCCGCAUGGAGCCCGCCCCCCCCAUGUGUUCCAGACCGGCCCCUCCCAGAUGAUGAUGAUUCCCCAGCAACCAAUCAGCUUCCCCAAUUCACAAGGCACGGCUUACUAUAUAUCUGGUCAGGUAAGCGCUGAAAUAUCUGUAUUAAAUAUCAGUUUUUUUCUGUCUUUUAUAUGUUGCAUAAGAAAUCCCACGGGGCAGUUAGUGACGCUACUUUGA